GAUUUCAAAUUGUAUUAACGUCUUUAGAUUAAAAUGACCAAUGUUGACUUUGAUGUGGAACUUCAGAAGUUCUCGGAGUUCUUGGCUUUGCCUGAAUCCUUUGAGAAGGAAGCUCUGGAAGUAGCAAACAGAAUAUUCAGGGUUCUUCAAGCUCAGGGGGACAUUAACCGAUGCAGGAUUGUAGGCGGGUUUGGAAAGAAGACCUCCACAUCUGUGAAGGCAGACCUUGAUGCGGUUGUGUUCAUCAAUAUGGAGAUCAAGGAUAAAACCGAUUCAAAGUUGUCUGGUAUCCUGGAAGAGUGGAAGAGGGUGCUGAAUGGUGCACUAGAGCACCCGCAGAUGGAGACCACUUCUAAAACAUUGAAAGUCAAGGUUGGAGAGAUAAGCCUGGAUAUUCUGCCGGCUGUCAACAUGUCCAAAGACCCCGAGAAUGUUGAAUACUCGCAGCUUAAGGAAACACUGAAGUACAUCCGGACUGAAGGAAAGAAUAAUCCUAGUCUUGCGAACCAGUUGUCUGCUGAGCUCGCUGAGUCCUCUCUCACUUUCCUGAAGGGUCAGUCCAAGUUUGCGCAUGAUUUUGCCAGGCUUGCCAAGUUCUGGAACCAGGGUCUGCUGUACCAUGAAUAUGUUUACGGUAGGAGCCUGAUAAUUGAGACUCUAGCUGUCCACUGCGCUAACCUGGAGGAGAACAACAAUGUGGAACCGUCCAUGAGCAACUGCUUAAAAAGGUUUUUUGAAGAGCUUGCCGACAUUCGUAAACUCUUCGUCUGGUUCGACAAGAACUAUUCUGAGAAUGAAAUACCAUCUGGUACGAUGACGCAGAGACCUUUACUCCUGGAUCCUACCAAUCCAUUCAACAAUCUUCUCGCUACUGGAGUUGAGUACACUUCUGCUGGGGUCAAGCCAGAUUUAGAGUUUUACACUUUUCUGGCACGUUGUGCAGCAGGAGCUCUUAAAACAUUGAACACAAGUUCUAUUCCUCAGAUUUUCUAUCCUCAUUUCCGCUACGCCGCUGUUCAGAGGGAGGUCAAAGUAAUCUUUAGCAAUUAUCUUGUCCAAAAUAACCAUGGUCAAGAGGACCCACCAAGAAGUAUGCCUGGACAUGAGAUAAGAAAAAAAGGAUUGAAUGAAGGGGUUCUGAGGUCUAUAUUUUCAUGUUUUGCAGUCAUCCAUAGAAUUUCCGAUUUUGUCUGUCCUAAUAUGACAGAUGAGCCUCGUACUGAAAUAGUUGAAAAGUUUCUGGGACAAGCAGGACCAUGGAAGACGUCAGCAGAUCUUCACAUCAACAGAGAUGUCACUGUUUACAUCCCAUGGAUCGCCAAAGAGAAGAUGUCCGUCAUCUCCUUUGAUGUAGAAGAAUUCUAAACCAGUAUCAUCUGGUUUUCAGAAUUUAAAUGUGUUUUUUUGAUUUUUUUGUUAUAGUCUUGAUUUUGUUUCGGUACCUUAAGGAUUCUAAUCCAGCUACAAUCUAUGCCAGUAAAUUUAUGACUAAUUUUGUUGGUCGAUGUUUUUCUUGUGAGCUGUAAAGCUUCUUAACAAGAGACUGUUUUUUUUAAUCUGUUCAGAUCAGUGAUUUUUUAGA